AUGCCUGGACAAGACGCCGGCACUCCCCGUGUCUUCCUAUACCGUCACGGACAAACGGUGUGGUCUCAAAGUGGUCAGUAUACCGGCGUGACUGAGCUGGAUCUCACCAAAGAUGGCCAGCAGCAAGUUCAUGCUUCCGGAAAGAUGAUUGUUGGAUCCGGAAAACUGAUUGACCCUGUCAACCUCGCCCAUGUCUACAUCAGUCCCCGCAAUCGGGCUAAGCAGACAUUUGACAUUGCCUUCUCUGAUGCCGAUAAGCAAGCCCUGAAGGAUGCUCAAAAGGUUUCGCAGACGGAUAGGCUGGCUGAAUGGACCUAUGGAGACUAUGAAGGCCUUUUGACGCGUGAGAUCCGCGCGCUGCGAAAGGAGCGUGGACUGGAUUCUGAGCGCCCAUGGGAUAUCUGGCGUGAUGGCUGUGAAGGUGGAGAGUCUGCUCAACAGGUUACCGACCGCAUUGAUGAUCUGAUUCGGGAGAUUCGUGCAUUCCAAAAGGAUAGCAUGCAUGGCGAGAACCCUUCCGACGUUGUUCUCGUUGCCCAUGGACAUCUUCUGCGAGCUUUCACCAAGCGAUGGCUUGGAUACCCGAUGGAGUUCCCCCUUUCUCUGAUGCUUGACCCUGGCGCGGUCGGUGUGCUGAGCUAUCAACACCACAAUAUUGAGGAGCCAGCGCUGAUGGUUGGGUAUGGGUUCCCAGUUGCAGAGUAA